GUUUAGGAGGAGGAGGCAAAGGAGUCUAGGCUCAGUCAACACGAAGCAAGGGUUGAGGUCAAGCCGGCGCCGCUCCUGUCCUUCUCUUCUCGUAGGUCACCAUGGCGCGGAUGAUGCAGAUAUUUUGCAUUCUGGUGUCAGCGACGGCGGCCAUAGCAGCUAAAGUGCCGAACACGGUCUUUUGGCCUGCGAACCCUUUCCACCAUGCCCAUAGCGACACGCCCACCAAGCUUGAUGGAGACGUCCAGAUUGAGGUCGUCACCACUUUAGGGCCGAGAGAAGAUUCGUCCGAUGAUACAACAGAAGCUUCUGUUUUCGUUACAGUUCAAGACGUUAGCUCGGACCUUCUGAAGAUCGAAGCACCUCUGGAACAAGAGCCAGAGCCAGCUAAAAAUGAAGCAGAACCGGAAAUGAAUCUCAUACCAAAUAUGUUAAUAAAUGCUCUGAGUCGUUCUGGUCUCGACCCUGCACUGGAGGAUCCUCUGCUGGAAGAAGCCAAAAAACAAUAUAUAUCUACCUGGAACUUGGAAGCCUUGAGGCAAAACGCCCCUUACCUUAUGAUAGACAGGGUCUGGCCAGAUUUGGGUAUGGUGUACAUGCCAGCUGUGAAUCAGAUGACUGCCAAGGUCCAAAAGUCAAAGAUGGUUAAAGAAGCAGCCUUAAGUCUCAAGAGAAUAUGGGAGGAAGUGAACCAAGGCGAGACUUCUGCCAUUACUGAGGAGGGAAACAUAUUCGAAGCCUUCGCCCAGUUCUUUAACAAUUUGUAUGCUCAGGACAGGCUGAGGACGGACGGCGAAGCGAAUCUUGAGAGUGGAAAUUCCACGCAGAAGGAUGGACGGCCGUCAGAUAAGGGACCAGUCAACGUGAACCAAGACAAAAUUGAGUAAAGGUAUACCACUGUCUGUAUACCACUCUGACUAGUAAGAACUCAACUUACCAGAUAGCCACCUAUCUCUAAAAACUUGCAGUUGUUUUGCCAUGCCUAACGGCUUUACAGAAGUCUCCACAUUGUUUGUAUUUUGGGAAUUCAUUGGUAGGUGAGAAUUUCACGAAAUGUUACAUUAUUCGGUUAAUUUUUUCGCCAGCAAACUUUUCCCCCCACCGAUCUUUUAAAGGUAGAAUUCUUAAUGCUAGCUGUGAUACUUUCGUUAGGGUUGGCAUAUCAGUCACUAGGAAAGGCAGUAUCGGAAGAUAGAUUGAUACUAAGAAUACUGCAUUGUUGGAUGGUCUUGCUAUUUAUUGACGUGUUUGUUACCAGGGGAGAGCUUUUCUCUCAUAUAUGACUACUGCAUUAAUUUUGUAGCUAAUAUUUAUUAUCGUUAAUUGAUGCUUGUGUGUGAAAUAAACAUAAUUAAUUUU